AUGGCCACCUACCCCCUCGUCCUCCUCCUCCUCCUCCUCGCCGUAGCCGCGUCGUCGUCCGCGGAGGAGGCGCCAACGGCGUACGAGAUGCUGGAGCGAUAUGGCUUCCCGCGGGGCAUCCUGCCGGAGGGGGUGGAGGGGUACGAGCUCGGCCCGGACGGCGGCUUCGAGGUGUACUUCCCGCGGGAGUGCGAGUUCCUGCUGGCGAAGCAGUGGCUGGUCAAGUACGACGCCUGCAUCGCCGGCGCCGUCACCGCCGGCAAGCUUGCGGCGUUGGAGGGCGUCCACGUCAAGGUACUCUUCCUCUCGCUCCCCGUCGUCGAGGUCGACCGCGCCGGCGACCGCCUCAGCUUCUACGUCGGCCCCGUCUCCACGUCCUACCCGCUAAGAGCAACGGCGGCCCUCGCCCGCCCCUGCGCCCGCGCCGGCCGCCCUCGGCCCCGUCCCCGCCACGGCCGCCCCAGCGCCAGCCCCAGCCGCCCCCGCCACCGUCGGGGCCAAGUGCCGGUGGGCAGGCCUGCCACCGCCUCCUUCCGCACCAGCCCCGACCGCCGCUCCCGCCCCUGCCACCGCCCCGUCUUCCGCCCCGACGCCGCUCCGGCCCUCAAGAAGAGCCGGCCGAAGGCGGCCUCCCUUGGGCCGCGAGGGGCUGCCUCCAAGGUCGCCGGCGAGUCCUCCGCCGUGGCCAAGCCGCGGAAGAAGCUCGCGACGCGGAAGAAGCCCGCUGCCACGCCCGCCGAACCUCCUCCCGUUGCGCACGAGGUGUUCGAGGAAAUGGCAACCCCAUCCUCAGAUGCUCUAAGCGCCUUCGCCAGCAGCCCGCACUGUCGCAGCUACCAGGUCGUCGCCGCGGCCGUCUCGUGA